AUGAUGAAAUCUUUCCAUUCUUGGAAAAAUAUUGCAAUUACCAGCAAACGAAUGGCGAUCAUCAUGGCCAGAGUGUCAAGGCGAUGGGUCUAUCACGCGGUAGAUCCUGCCUUCCAAGCUUGGCACGCGAAUUCCAAGCAGCAGAUGCGCACAAAGCAGCUCGGAGCAAGGAUUGUGAAGCAUUGGCUCCGACGCUCGCUUGCUACAGCCUUCGAUGGGUGGCAUGAGCAUGCUGGCCAGCUCAAGCGUCAGGGAGAGCUUUUGACUACGAUCACGAGGCGAUGGGUCUAUCACGCGGUAGAUCCUGCCUUCCAAGCUUGGCACGCGAAUUCCAAGCAGCAGAUGCGCACAAAGCAGCUCGGAGCAAGGAUUGUGAAGCAUUGGCUCCGACGCUCGCUUGCUACAGCCUUCGAUGGGUGGCAUGAGCAUGCUGGCCAGCUCAAGCGUCAGGGAGAGCUUUUGACUACGAUCACGAGGCGAUGGGUCUAUCACGCGGUAGAUCCUGCCUUCCAAGCUUGGCACGCGAAUUCCAAGCAGCAGAUGCGCACAAAGCAGCUCGGAGCAAGGAUUGUGAAGCAUUGGCUCCGACGCUCGCUUGCUACAGCCUUCGAUGGGUGGCAUGAGCAUGCUGGCCAGCUCAAGCGUCAGGGAGAGCUUUUGACUACGAUCACGAGGCGAUGGGUCUAUCACGCGGUAGAUCCUGCCUUCCAAGCUUGGCACGCAAAUGCAAAGAGACAGAAGAGAAUGGAUCAAUUAGGGCAUGUCGACAGACUUUAUGCAGCGCUGGAGACACGAUGGCUAAAAAGAGCAGACGAAUGUUGGGACAGCAUAGAGCUUAAGAUUCUGAAGCACAUUGAAGCCUAUGAUCGCAAAUACUGCACAAAGAAAAACUCGGAAAUGAUAGGGGGCCAUCUCUUCGAUCAUCGUUACCAGAAGGCAGGGAUGGAACCUUUGAAGUUUCCGGAGACCAUCCCUUCACUGAUGGGAUCUGUGGUCGUCGGGUUGCAGCAUGGGAUACAGUCAGACCAGGCUGCAAUGUGGAAGACCGAGAAGAUGGAGCUUCGGAGGUACUGUUCCCAUCUAGAAACCAUCAACAACAGGCUCAUCAUCGAAAAGGUAUACGAGAUAAUGGAGCCUGAAAGGGCUGAGUGCCAAGUUUUCACCGUUGUACACGGCGACAUUGUCAAGUGGUCCGACGUAUCCAACAGAGGGAUUCAAAGAGAUAUCAAUCAGGAGAUGGCAGAAAACGAGAAGGCGAAGGAGGAGGAAGAGGAGGAGGCGAAGGAAGAGGAGGAGGCGAAGGAGGCGAAGGAGGAGGAAGGCAACGAUGAUGCUGACAACGAUCACUUCAAGGAGAGGAACGAGUGGUGGAGCUCGAUCUGA